AGCAUGCCAGCUCAAGUCAUUCCGACACAGCAUCACCAGCACUAGCGGGAUGUCCGGCGCUAACGAACCAAUGGAUAAAAACACUGGCAUGCUAGCACAAAUACACAAGUGUGCUAUGUAACAUAUGUGGUCAAUUCAAGUUUGAAGCGGUGACGCGGCUGUGUAAUGAUUACGUACCAUAACACAGACACCCGCGUGCCGAACGGCAAUGAAAGCAUGUGACCUGCUAAUACCGCCUACUACACGUGGAGCUGAUGUCUGUGUUUAUAUAAACAGUAAAGGACAUUGUGACCAGGGAUUACAUGUAGGUCGGUCGUGUAGUUAGCCUCAUCACUGGUGCUAAUGUGUGUUCUACGUGAUAAAUUUGUGAUUAUUGUGAUCGAAACAAAUUAUUUGAAUCUUGGAGAUCUUCAAAGAUAUUUUGACCGGCAAUUAAAAAUGCUUUCGAUGAUUUCUUCAUGAUCUGUCCGUGACAGGGUCAGUUUGGCUUCGGUGCAUCACGAUGGGAAAGACACCCCCUGGGGCAGACCUACUCCAGCAGGACUGAUUCUGCGCAUGAAAGCACCUGACAUGGAUUUCUGUUUGAGGUGUCAAUGUACCAUCUGUGGUCGUGACCUUCGCCCGCGGUGGACCUGUUUUCAGCCACACGUCAUAAGCAGUAAGCGCGUGUGAAUUUGACUUUCUGAUCACUGUAUUUAGCGGCGCUCACCCUUGGACUGACUCUCAAAAGUUAAACAAUUCACGUGCGGAACCAAAAUGGCUGCCGAUGCGUGUUGAAAUGUGCUAUAUGUGGAAGUUUCUGUACGGAAGCUACGAUUUCAAGUUUUCUCAUCAGUACAAAGAGCGAAAACUGCAGGAACAAAUUUAAUAAAAACCUCCGGAAUUUAACAUCGACCUUCACGCGGACACGGGAAACGUUACCAUCAAAAGUUACAAGGAUAAUUAGUCGGCACAUGCUAGGACCACGACGAGAACGCGUUUGUUCAACACACAAUUUUGAAAGCGAAGCAGUUUUAUUUUCAUGAAAACGAAGAUUGAUUGGUCAUUAAUCGAUGACUAUUGAGAACACAUAAUUUUAUUUGGGGAAAGUUACUGUGCACUUUGACAAAUCUCAUGUGAUAUUUAUCGAAAUCAAACUUGGGGUGAUGUGUUUGGUGUGUAAUGUCAUUUCUCAGCAGGGUCUGAAAUUGAGCUCAAACAAUUCUACAAUUGGAAGUUGGAUACGCUGCAAAAUCUGUAGAAACUAAUUUAUUCCCAUUUAUCCCCACAAAAACAUUGACAAAGCAUCGAACAUUCCCUCUUAAUGGAACAUCAGUGCAGGUGUUGGUAGACAUUCUGAUUUAGAGAAUUUGAUUACUCUGCUAUCGGUCGCAAACGCAACCAUGUUUAUAAUGGGAUCUUUGCACCAGAAUGGUGCCAACGCUUCCAUACUGGGUGUGGUCGCCAGUGACACCUAUUCAAGUGUCACUUUGUCCACGGUCCCUGGCCAGAACGAGAGCACUACCGGAACGGAGUUUAAUUCUACAGCUUAUGAUCUGCUCGGUGGCAACAACGGAACGUCCGGAUUCCAGGGGUUCGGCCCACAAAUUAAGAGUUUAGAGCACCUCAUAACGACCUCUAUCAUUUUGGGUCUCAUGAUUCUCGCGACAAUCAUAGGUAACGUGUUUGUCAUAGCGGCCAUCAUCUUGGAGAAAAAUCUUCAUAACGUCGCUAACUAUCUCAUCCUUUCGCUCGCCGUGGCCGAUCUAAUGGUCGCCACUCUCGUCAUGCCAAUCAGUGUCGUUAAUGAAAUCAGUACUGUGUGGUUCCUCAGACCGGAAAUUUGUGAUAUGUGGAUUUCGUUUGACGUUUUAUGUUGCACUGCUUCUAUCCUCCAUUUGGUAGCUAUAUCUGUGGACCGAUACUGGGCUGUUACAAACAUUGACUAUGUAAGAAACAGGAGUGCAAAGCGGAUACUCUCUAUGAUAGCGCUCUCUUGGAUGGUGGGAAUGUGCAUCUCGAUCCCGCCAUUGUUCGGAUGGAAGGAGCCGGCUAACAGCCCCGUUCUGACGGGCACGUGUCUCAUAAGUCAAGACAUCGGUUACACUGUCUUCUCCACGUUCUGUGCCUUCUACGUUCCAACAUUAAUUAUGAUGAUCAUAUAUGCUAAAAUAUUCCAAGUCGCACGGAGACGAAUACGCAAGAAGAAUUUUAAUAAAAAAAGUUUGAAAAAGGCUGAAGAGAAAAUCAAAGCUGAGCACUCAUCUAAGAGCAAGCUGCUCUUCAACUCGCCUAAAUUCAACGGCCACAAUAGCAGUGAAAAUACGGAGAUAACUGUGGCUGAAACAUCUUGUAACGGCAUGGAAAAUUUAAAUGAUAAGAACGAAAACUCUAAAGUUAACACAAAUGGAUCGAACGGAUUCGAUGAUGCAAAAUCGGUAAUGCUUCCAAAAACAGUCAUCAAAGAGAAGGACAAACCAAAAAGGCAAAAAGAAAAAUUAGAAAUGAAAAGAGAACGGAAAGCCGCUAGAACUCUAGGCAUCAUUACGGGAGCGUUCAUUAUUUGCUGGUUGCCAUUUUUCAUCAUUGCACUUACUGCUCCCCUCGUUGGCAAGGCCGCUGAGGACAUCCCCGGGGAACUAUUUAGUUUUGUACUUUGGCUCGGAUAUGCUAACAGCUUGCUGAAUCCGAUACUUUAUACAAUUUUCAGUCCGGAGUUUCGUAAUGCCUUCCAGAAAAUUCUGUUCGGAAAAUACUCUAAAAAAUAUCGGAGAUGAAAAUCCGGAGGGCUGAAAUAUCUUAUUACUAAGUGCUGUUCAAUGGAAAUACGGUGACAAAUAGCUGAGGAAUUGUAGUCUUCAGUCAGGCUCUUCUUGGAAGUAACGGAUCUGGUCGGAUUAUGCAGAAUGCCGGAGCACUUGUGUUUCUGGUUCAGUUGAUGCUGGUUCAAAGUACAUGUGAUAUGAAUGAUAAUGUAUCCUAACGGAUUCGAACUUGUGUAGACAUACAGGUCUAUAAAACUCUAUAAAACAAUGGUAAGAUUACUAAUAUAUAUAUAUAACAUGCAAUAUUUGAUGUAUUAUGUCACAGAGGAACUCUCGACCUUGCAAAUGUGGUUCUUGUCAAUGUCUGUCUCCCUUGUUUACGUGGUAACAGUGCUAUGAAUACAACUGUGUUGCUGUAUACACCGCCUUAUUGAGUUCGAAAUACCAUUGCCGUCUAUGACAGACACCCAUAGAUGGCGCUACGUCUGUCAUUCGAGUCACAGGAAUCGUAUUGUAUUCUCGUAACGUCAUGACAUCGUAACAAGUCAUUUUCACACGAGAACGAGUUCAUAUUAUCUUCUAAACAUUAAUAGUCUCCGCUUAUAUUUGUUUGGCUGAUUUAUUUUUAAGAUGAUUUACUGACAACUUUACCUCUUUCGUUAGGGUAUUGUUGGAUUGUUAAAAUGUUAACAGUAGUAUAUUUUUGUCUGGACGAUAUGGCGUUUUGGAUGCACGCUUGAUGGAUUUAAUAGGUUUUUUGGGGCAAUGUUUUGUUUAAGUUAAGUUGCACGCUGAAGUUAUGAAUGUAGACAAUGUCGUGAUAUGACGCUGCACAAUGAUAUUUUCCCUUCGUGCUUUGUAAUUUUUAUUGCUAUUGUCAGGUUAAGCUCCACAUUUAACUAUUGAAUCAUUAUUUACCAUUGUCGCAUUCUAAAGCUAUUUUAUGAUUUGUAUAGGUAAUGUCACGUACACAAACUACGAAUCAAAGUAGAAUGUGUUUGUUGUUAUAUGACCGAUAUCGCGUUAGGAAAUUAUAAUUUGCAAUUCGUAUCUGCAAAUUCGCAUUGUGACAAAACUAAAGAAUAUAAUAAUAUUGAAACACACAAUUAAUAUGUCAUUAACUUCAUCUCAAGGUAAAGCGUUAAUUGUUAAAAGUUCUAAAUUACAUAUUCUAAUGUAUUGUGGCAUAAGAUAUUUAUCUUAAGCAAGGUUACGGGGUCCAAAAUCUAUUCUCUAGAAAUAGCAAAACAGCUUUAUGAAUACGUUAUAUCGAUUUUAUUAAUCUAACGAUAAACGGAAAUAUAUAAAAUCAUAUAUACAAUUGUUGUAUAUUUGUCUCACCCAGGACAUUUUCCUAUUCUUCAAUAUACAUGUUUUAUUGAUUAAAAGUCGUCUUAUUUUUAUUUUGAAAAUAGUAAGUCGAUUUGUACCGACUUGUGUGCCAAAUGGGGUUGAGUUUUCAAUGUUGCAUCCUGCUAGUAUAUAAUACACCUAUGGAGCUGUGUCGUGAUGUUGAUGAUUAUAUUCGGAAGGCCUCUGUUGUUGACUACACUGUUGUUUGUGGGCUGCAGUUACACAUGGGUAGUUUUGUUUGAAUGCACAAAAUAAACAAGUAUUUUUUUCCAGAAUAAAACGUCAUCGGAAUGAUGUCUUCCGAGUUGAUUAUCAUGUUGGUGCAAAUUUGGUAUCACUUAUCACCUUGGGGUAUAUUACCGAUUAUCAUUGUCCUAUAUAUAGGCCAAGCCGACCUUUCACUGUUAGAUAUUAUUACCCGAACGCUUGUUGUCCUCUUUCAGUUUCAAUAACAUCACUACUUUGAACAUGUAUUUCAAAACAAACCGGAUACAUAUACUGAUAAAUAUUUAGGAUGUUUGAUGAGUAUAACGGUAAUUACAUAUGAUUUUAUCGCAAAGAAAAUCAUUCGAGCUGAUAAUUAACCUUUAAUACAGCGAUACGUGAUAUUGUAUCCGCCUCGGAUAUGAUUAUACGGACCGGAAUUGUGUCCGGAUGUUUGGCCUGAGACACUGUUACCGAUUACCUUGUCUAGACGAAACAGCCUUUUCGUAUUAAUUAAUUAUAUCUUAGUUAUAGUCGCAUAUUAUGUCAUAAAAUAACAUCCAUCGUGACGUUGAUAUUUUUACAGCGCUUUGUAGACAUGCCAUCAGCCCCCCCCCCCCCCCCCCCCC